AUGUAGAUAUAUAAAAAAUGCAUAUGUACACGUGUGCUUCUAUCACUUUUUUUGAGACUCUAUGUGGCCACUGAAGCCAUUCUUACUGCAUUGGUGGGCGCAACUCCUCCCUACCACUGGGAUCUCCAAGAGCUCUUGGCUAAUCAGACCCAUAGCAACCAGUCAGCGAGUGAGCAGAGAGCUUUUGGGGAAUGGCUUCUGACUGCCAAUAACAGCGAGGUGCAUAAGCAUGUACACUUCAGCAGCAGCUUCACAUCAAUAGUCUCUGAGUGGUUUUUAAUUGGCAACACAUCGUACAAAGUCAGUGCUGCCAGUUCUUUUUACUUCAGUGGUGUGUUUGUUGGAGCAAUCUCCUUUGGCCAACUAUCAGAUCGCUUUGGGAGGAAGAAAGUCUAUCUCACAGGUUUUGCUCUUGACAUCUUCUUUGCCAUUGCAAAUGGAUUCUCACCCUCAUAUGAAUUCUUUGCCAUCUCUCGCUUCUUGGUAGGGAUGAUGAAUGGUGGGAUGUCACUGGUGGCCUUUGUUCUACUCAAUGAGUGUGUGGGUACCUCGUACUGGGCGUUAGCAGGAUCUAUUGGUGGCUUGUUCUUUGCUGUGGGAAUUGCCCAGUAUGCUUUAUUAGGGUACUUCAUUCGUUCCUGGAGGACGCUGGCUGUUGUGGUUAACCUGGAAGGAACAGUUGUCUUUCUUCUCUCUCUAUUCAUUCCAGAGUCCCCCCGCUGGCUCUAUUCACAAGGCCGGUUGAAUGAAGCAGAAGAUGCCCUCUAUCUCAUUGCAAAGAGGAACCGCAAGCAGAAGUGCACUUUUUCAUUAAAACUCCCAGCAGAGAGGAGCUCCAGAGAGGCUGGCAGCUUCUUGGAUCUGUUCCGAUAUAAAAUUCUCUUGGGACGCACCUUGAUCAUGAUGUUUACCUGGUUUGUGUGCAGCUUGGUUUACUAUGGUCUUACCCUUAAUGUGGGUGACUUAGGUGGAAGUAUUUAUGCCAAUUUAGCCCUUUCAGGGUUGAUAGAAAUCCCAGCAUACCCAAUCUGUAUUUACCUGAUUAACCAAAAAUGGUUUGGCCGGAAGCGAACACUGAGUGCAUUUCUGUUCCUGGGAGGACUGGCUUGUCUUAUUGUCAUGUUUCUUCCUAAAAAGAAAGAUACUGGAGUGUUUGCAGUGGUGAAUAGUCGCUCUUUGUCUUUGCUGGGCAAGCUGACAAUCAGUGCUGCAUUUAACAUUGUCUACAUCUACACGUCAGAACUUUAUCCCACAGUGAUCAGGAAUGUUGGAAUGGGUGCCUGUUCCAUGUUUUCCCGUGUUGGAGGAAUCAUUGCUCCCUUCGUCCCUUCAUUG